AUGAUGCUACCGGAUUUCUUCAGUGUUAUCAAAAAUGUUAGCCCCAAUAACAGUCAGAAAUCAACUCUGUAUGGAAAAAGUAUCAAAGUGUUCGUCACCCAGUUGAGUCUCACCACAAAGCCUGGGGUGCGGAUUCCGGCAUUGCAAGACGUGCCAGCUGUUGCACUGAGUAGCAUUCUGGAGGAGAUGGCGAGUUAUCCGUCUCUGGGGAAAACCCUCCAUCAGGAACUCUCGGAUCCGGUGCUGUUCAUGAGAAUGUUCAUUCACCACAGAAACGAUCUUUCGGUAUUGGAAAACUGCUUACGCAAAGCUUCUUUGGUCGGAAAGCCCGUGGUGCCUGAUAUGGUGAAGAAUUGGUGCGCGAUGAUGACUGAUGAAAACAUAACCCCAGGAUCGACGUCGUUAGUAAGCACUGUUGAAUCCGCUGUGCAAUUGGGUUCGUAUCUUCUGGAAGCUGGUUGGUGGUUCCAAAGCAAAGAAGUACUUGACAUCGCCUUCGGCAUGAUGCUACGCAAGAAGGAGAGUCGUGUUUAUUCAAAUUUGAGAAUUGAAUGCGUGCAAAAGGUUCUCCGGGCGGAGGCACAACUGGAUCUUCGAGCAAAAGCCGAUGCAACGUGUAACGUUUUGUUGGCACUGGUUGAAAACGUUACCGAUAAAGCAGUUCUCGUCCAAGUGUUCCUUGAGGUGGCAAACCAUCACUUCGAAGCCAAUCGCCUGACCGAAUGUCAUCGCUGGAAUACGAAGGCGAUGGAGCUGAUCACCGAAACGACACCGGUUGAUAUUGUCAUCAGAGCGUUGCAAAUGGAGGCAAAAUGUCUCUUCAGUUUGCGACGCUACGACGAUGGCAAGUUGGUCAUCAGUCAAGCGAUUCAUCGAGCUCGAUCGACCUUCGGUCGCCAACAUCGACGGUACGCGGACACUUUGUACACGUACGGAACUUGCCUGCUGAUGACCGACGAUUCCUUCAUGAUCAUCGACGCCAUCUCGAUUCUGCUGGAAACUUUGUUCAUCUUCACCAAGCUCUACGGUAAACUCACACCCCAAGCGGCGAUCAUUCAGAGUUCGUUGGCGUACGGAUUGUACUAUCGGGACUACAUUUCCGGAAAGUUCGAGCUAGCGUUGGCUUAUGAAUACAUCAUGAAAGCGACGGCACUUGCUCAGCAAAUCAUUCCGGAGAGAAGACAUUUCAUCAUCCGCUGCGGGGAGAUUCGAACGAUGAUUCUGGAUGAGUGGGACGAAAUUCUGGCCGAAUCGGGAGAGGCAGGAGGUCCCACCAGGAUGAAUAACCAGCUUUUAACGAUUGCAGAAAUCAAACAGAAAUGCCGCCAAAAUCAUCCGGAAUAA